GCUGUGUUUCCUGUUUCCGCGCGCUGCUCAUAACGGUGGCCUUUUUAUGGGACAAACACUAGAAAUAGCAUAACGGCCGGGCGGCACACACACAGACACACACACAGGCAUACACACAGACACCACCAUGCCCACGGCACUGAUCACGGGUGCAUCUCGAGGCAUUGGCCUGGAGCUUGCACAUGCCCUCGCUUCCCGCGGUUACACCGUCAUCCCCACAGCUCGCACCCUUGAAAAGGCAAAGGGGGUUGCCGCCAAUGGCGACGGCUUUGUGCCGCUUGAGCUGGACGUGGAGAGCGACGCCAGCGUCGACACGGCGGCGGAGCGCACAAAGGCAAUGGGCAUGAAGCUGGACGUGCUCAUCAACAACGCAGGCGUCUUCCCCAUGCCGUGGUCGCAGGAGGUGUUCGACAAGGCAAUGAAUGUCAACCUGCGCGGGCCCGUGCGCACGAUGCGGGCAUUUGCGCCGCUGUUCACCGACGGUGCGCGCGUCAUCAACGUCUCGUCAGGGUACGGCCGCCUCACCCACAGCUCCCCCGCAUACCGCCAGACCAUCACCAACUGCGCGACCGUGGACGAGGUGCUCAACAACAUCAAGUUUGAUGCCAAGGAUGAGACCAUGAAGGGGACCAACCACCCGGCAUACAAGAUCAGCAAGGCGUGCCUGAACAGGGUGACGCAGAUCAUGGCUGACGACCCAGACUUUCGUAGCCGCAACAUCAAGGUCUUUGCCUGCUGCCCUGGAUGGGUUCGGACGCAGAUGGGUGGCCCCAAUGCCACGCGGUCCAUCGCCGAGGGCGCCGCCUCCGUCCUGGCGCUCGUGGAGCCAAAGGACGAGCACGUCUCUGGCGGGUUCUAUCGCGAUGGCGAGCCCAUCUCUUUUGAAUGAACACAAAGCCUGGCACUCUUGUGUCUGCCAACACACAGCACACAGGCUGACAUGACAUCCCUGCUUUCAACCACACACAUACACACACACGCACUGACUAUGAUUAUGCUUCUGUUACACAAUACAUGCGGGAUGAGACAAGGCGGCGUGCACUGUCGUUCAUGUCAUGCAUGAGUACACACACUGUCCUCUUUGUGCCCGCAACAACACAAGAAGCAAACGAAG